CCGACGGCGGACAUGAUUCGUUGAAUUUCGUUGCCUGUACUACUUAUUUCCUUCCUAAUAAUAUACUUUUACUCAAAUUGUAUAAAUUUUGUGACACUUGUUACCGUGGUUGUUUUUGAGGUGUAAUUUUCAUCCGUCUAGAAUACAAUUUCUCGCGUGUCCCAUCCGCUUUCGUUUGACUCAUGAAUUUUUUCAAUUUCAGUCCUGUUCGAAUUUGAAACAGAGCAAAGCGUCAUAGGCCAAGAAAAAACUCGAGACGAACGCAUGUUUUUGUGUGAAUCGCGAUAGAAUUAGGGCUGCCGAGACUGUCGACAUCAGUCCCUGUUUAAAGUUUGAAUUGUGGUGCAUUUAUCAGGUUCUUGUCAUUGAGUGUAUUGUAAAGUUGACACCUCAAGAUGUUCAAUUUUCAUAAACCUAAAGUUUACAGAUCUACGCAAGGGUGCUGCAUUUGCCGAGCCAAAUCAAGCAGCUCCAGGUUCACUGACAGCAAGAAGUAUGAAGAAGCAUUCGAACCUUGCUUUGAACUCAAAGAGAAGCGAACCGGGGAAGUUUGCAAUGCGUGCGUUCUGUUGGUCAAAAGGUGGAGAAAUCUUCCUGAGAAUAGUGAACGGAAUUGGAAGCAUGUUGUUGAUGCCAGAGCUGGACCAGGAACGCGGACACUAUCCAAGGUGAAAUCGUCAAAGAAUAAAAAGAAAAAGAUAAAAGAGAAACUAACCAAUGGAGAUGAAGUUAUGAAAAUGGAAGUAGACCCGAGUAUUACAUCUUUAGGCUUGAAAGACCUAGAUGGUAAUGAUUGUGAAUCACCGAGUCCUACGCCAAGUGAAGAAGCUUACCCGUUGAAACAUUCUCGUCUGAACGGUAAACCGAGCGGUAUUCCUGUCAGUGAUUUCAUUGAUAUGUCAGUGUGGAAAAAGGUCAAGGUUUGUUGCGGAACAAUAUUUGAAGGCCCCUGCGGUGCUGUAAUGAUCGAUCCACGUUUCAUGACGCCCUGCAGCAAGCGGCAUAGACCGUCAGAGAUGACACCAGUAGCAACGAAGGUGGAAGAACUGCCUGUAGCACCAGCAGUAAUGCCUCGACCAGAAACCGUGGUCGACAAACACAUAGCAGCAGCUGACCCUGGUAAAGUGUUCAACGAUGCUUCAUCAGACUCAGGGUACGAUGAAUCUUCUCAAGGUGAGAAUAUCCAUUCUAAAGUUAGCGGAUCUCAAGCACACAAGGUCGUUCAGCCUUCUAAUUGAUGUUAACUUUUUUCUAGAUAAUCUUAUCUUAUUUCAUAGUUAAUUUAUUUGUUGAAUCAUUUUUGAACCUGAGGAUACUUGCGCCACUCGGUGUCAAGUUCUCCACAGGUAACGAAUAAUUUUGUUGUUAAACUGCUUUUUCGAUCAAUUCCUACAAUUCAUUACUUCUGACUUCUCUUUGAAGACUCAGGUCAGGGUACUCACUGGCAUAACCAAGGGUUCCCUACCUUUUGCUUCAUUUAUAUUGCUCUUUCAUCAACUCUCAAGAGACCCAUUGUUUUGCUUUCGAGCAAACAUUCAUGCUCACAACCAAAUAAAAAAUAUUUUUUCCAUGUGUUGAGCUUCAUAGAGAAAUUGAAAAUUUCAACUGGUUCUCAGACCCAAUUAUUUAUACCUGUAAGUCUUGAGGAAGUUUUCCUCAAUUAAUACUUCUCUACCUACCCUCUUCCUUUUUUUUUUUUUUUUUUGAUGACCUAAUGUCAUUACGAAGGAUGUUUUCGUUUGGGUUUUUGUUGGAAAUAAUUCGCAAUGCGUUUAAUUUCAUCAGUAGUACACAAACGAGAGUAUUUCCUCCCCUGUAAGGUACAGUUAGAGUCAGCUUGUUGUUUCUCUAGUUACUGCUAAAUAUUCGACACGUUGCCUACCACAAUGUUUUUGCACUUAUCUCCCGCUGAGCCAUGGGAACACAUUAAGAAUGCCCUUCAAAAAUCCAGAUUCUGAAAAUGGGCCGUGCGAGGGCUGAUUGUUGUUUGGCCUCCUACAAAACACAUCAAAACCAGUCGAUUCGACCAAGGUGGUAGGCACCGUGUUGAGCUAUAAGCAAUGGAAAUUUUAUGAUGAAGAUAUAGCCCUGACUAUUGACGCAGUUCGCAGUAAUUCAAGACCUGAAAAUUUUUGGCAACAGACCAUCUAAAUCUGAUUGACAAAAGGGCAUAUUUGCCUGAAAGAUGUCCAUAGGACAAAAUUUUCGAAUGGAUCUAUUAAAAAUAAUUAGGCAAGUAUGAUCUCCAGCAUCUGGAGUUGUACCAAGUGUAAGGUCUCCUCUUGCAUCUUAGUUCUGCUUUAUUUAUAAAUGCUCCAGUUUUUCAACUUAGGUGUGAGGCCCAGGGUUGGGAUUUUUUUAAUCAUGUGGUGACAGGCCGGUCCUGUAAGCCCACCAGUUCAUUUUGCGCUCAACCUCUAGGUCUGAAACAGAACCAUUGCACAGUUCUAAGACCAUGAUACUGUCAUCAGUUGUCUCAAGCUAUGGUUAUGAAAUAUUAUGAAUCUGUGUUAUUCGAGUGUUUGUAGUGUUAAUGUCAACUAGAGUAUGCCCAAGUUGCGUUGGUCAAAGCACGGUUGCCACAGUCAAGGACCACUGGGAAUGUCAGGGAAAAAUUGGUUAGUCACUUUUAUUUCCUUUCUAGAAUGGGUUUCACAUUUCAAACAAUAAAUUUUGCCUGAAAGCCAAUGCAAAUCAUGUCUUCUUAAGCAUCUGGUGCAUCCUCAAUUGUAAGGGAACUUUAUCACAACGUGACAGAGAAAUCAGGGAAAUUUCGGAUAAUUUCAUUUUCUAAACUCUGUGGCAACCCUGUCAGUGUACUAUAAAACACCAACUUGGUAUCCAAUUUCACUCGCAAAACUUCGGAGCUGUCUUAGCAGACAAUUGCUAUUUCAGCUGCUGUUGACUGCUGUUUGACUUUCACCUCUGAUAUUCCAAUUUCAAGGUGUAAUCUUAAAAUAGAUCUUAUUUGCUCAGUGACAAAUUAUCUUACAAGAACAUUUUAAGAUGCAAGAGUAGAUCUAUGUCUCGCAUAUUUUUUUUCCUCCUACACGUGUCUCAUAUUUAAUAAAUUCCCUCAAAAUUAGCAUGUAGCUUAAAUUUUUGGAACAAUGCCUGAAAAUAGUUGGUAGUACUCGAGGUGCUCUUGCAUGAAAUUCACCACUUGCGUAAGUCGUAUAAGUAGAGUGCAAUUAUAACUCAACGUGUACAAGACAGGGUUGCUGCGUAUCAGUCGAUACCACAAGCAUAAAAGGUUAUUCUAAGCUGAUCUUUUCUAGGGAAUAGUGUUUCAGAAUGAAUGCAUGAGUUCUCAGCUGUCUCUAAACUGUUAUCUAAUCUUUGGAUCUAAUAUAGCUGUACGAUGAAAUAUAUUAGCAAACUACUCAUCAUAGGAUGAGUAAAUUUUGCUGAUGACUAACCAAUUUUCGUUCUUGUGUAAUGUGAUGUAUCAAAAAGUUAUUUUCUAGUAAGUCAUUCACACUAAUAGUUAAGUGCUUCAAAUAUUCUACGUAAGGUUUUAUGUAUCUAUUUCUCUCAGAUAAAAUCUUGAUUUCUAUUUGUAAAUAAUUGACUAUCCUCUUUUCAGAGUCUGCGAGUUAAUCUGAUAAAUCGUCUAAGCAAGUCAUACAAUUUAACACUUGCAUUAGAAUGAGGUUCGCUCAAAAAUAAUAUUGUACUAAUUAGCCGAACAUUGUACCAUUAUUAUUUUUUCUCUCUUUUUCCAUUCGUUUUUAAAGAGAUAAAUCUUUGAAAUCUGUGAUAGAAGUUUACCGAUUUUAAAUGUUAAAGUGUAAAAUGUAUUUAUGCCAAACGACUGUAUUUAUUUAUUUAUUUGUAAGUUGAUCUUAUUGAUGUAAGUAUAUCUGUUGUUUUAGUGGCAUGAUUGCCAAAUUGUACCAAGAAACCCGCUGAUUCUCAUCGUCCUUCGAAAGAAUCAGUCAGCUGUUAAAUUUGGCAAUUUUGUUAAGUAGUUUUAUCAAGUAGCGUUAGUUGCUUCAUUGCAAAUACCUGCCGUUAAAGUUGAGGAAAGCGCACUCGGCACCCGUCGUAUUUCGUAAGAAAUGGAACCGUUGAGAAGUUUUGUUUAUCGUUGGAUCUUAAUCCAAGUGCCUCAUCGUUCAGCUGUUGACAUUUAAAUUCAGCACCGAGUGUCUCAUCUUCCUGAACUUUAAUUUUGAUUGAACUCUUCCCUAAUAAGCAGAGAAGUUACAUCCAUUAGAAUUUUCUCUCAGUUGAACCUUCUAAUCGUUGCAAUACUUAAGGUCUUUUCCCACCAUGAUUCAAUUAUUUCAUUUUCAUGCAUGAACUAUCGUAAUUUAUCGUAAAGUUUUGAGGGUCGUUGUAGCUAUUGGAUUUCAUUCAUGCCUUUCAUACUCUCAUGAUUUAUGACAUUAGUUUUACAGAAUCUUGAAACUCGCAUUAAUAUAAGUUGUUCGGCUAAUAAUCUAGAUCAGUGAUCUAUGGUACAUGACAUUUGUUGCUUCAAAAGAAUGCAAAUGGGAAAAAUAAGCAAACAAUUUGAAUAUGGAAAAGCUGUGACUGUAAGUUGCCUUUCAAACUGCCGCGUUUCCAAAGAGCCAAAAACAUCUUGUCACCUGCUCUGUGUGAAAAUAUUCAGAACUCAUGGGCUUUAUUUGGUUUGAUUGAUAAGCUGUAAUGUAGGUUCCAACAUAAACUCUUUAUUGUGCUUGUUUUAUCUAAUUUAGGGUCAAGUAUAUAAGAUAUUUCUGCUGAGAAGUCAGGGAAAAUUUCAGUUUGAUAAGAAAAACCUGGAAAACUUUGAAAAAUAUCUCCUUAUAACGGGCCAGAAAUCCUGUUGUGAGGAUUCUAUUGCGCUUAAUUUCAUCACAUGGACUUGACUUACACGAAUUAGUGUGAAGUAUAAUUUGAAUGUUGAAGGUGUUUGUUUUGUAAGUGUUCUCCCGAUACAAGGAAAAGUAUUGUUUCAUAUGCUCUUCGGACUGUUUUAGCUAACUUUGCAGGCUAUUUGAAACUUAAGAAGACCCGCCAGCUCAUCUUUUCUAAGAUUGUAUUUUUCUGUCGCAUUCUGAACUUAGAUCAUCAUGUCGGAAAGUUUUGCAGUUUUCUUUUAUUAAGUUGUGUGAAUGGAUAAUUGAUAAUAUUCUUUCACAAAUUGUCGAAGGGAUUAGAGAGAGGGCCUUAAAUUAAAACUGAAGUUUUUUUAAUUUGAUCUAUCUCUCAUCUAUUUUUCAUGCAUUUAUACUAAUUUAAGAAAUCUAUCUCAUCUUGCUUAGGUAGGACUAAAUUGUUUUCUCGUAACAGUGUCUUAGUCCAAAUUUAUCGUUUCAACAGGCGAAUCUUGGAUUCGUUGCUCAAAGGUUCUUAUGGGGUGCCAUUUAUAUUUUAACUAGCAAGAUUUAAGGCUGAUAAGCUCUGAAAAAAAGCAUGUAAUGCAUUUCAGAUGCAUGAUACACCCAAUGACAUAUCAAGGCGCAAGAACUCAGGACCUCAGCGGUGCUAUGUUGACACACUUCUUUGGAGGAACGUUGUUAUCAGUCGAAUUAGUUCUAAUUAGUUAGUGUUAAAAACAUUGUAAAGGUACUUACUUUUGCAGAGAAGUUUUGUCGGAAAAAGACAGGGCCUAAAAGCAGUCUCAAUUAUUAAUGAUGUUUCGUUCCUCAUUCGUUUAUUUGGUAAUUGAAAGUUGCAUGUACUCGAAUUACAUCUGCUUUAAACAAGGAUAAGUAAACAUAUUUUUGCACUUUUAUACUGGAAUAGUAUAGUAUAAGAUUCAAAUUCCCAAGAACUUAAAUUCAAAGAUUUUGUAAGAUCUGCCUGUCGGAAAGAACCCUAACAUCUGCACUAACUAUGUACCUAAGCUUAACCCCAAAAACGCUAACCUGCCUUAGCGAGACUUGCUUUUUUCAGUAUCAUAUUCUAAUGUAAGCAUCGUGACCAAUUUUGUAGUACAGCUUAAAGGAUCUCCUUAUCUUGGUGUAAAGAGUCAUGAUUUAAGAACUUUUUAAUACCCAUCUGAUAGCCACCCCCAUUCAUUCCAGAUUUUUUCCAAAUAAUGGUAAAUCUUUAAACAGCUAAGCAAUGAAGUAAUGGCAUGAUUCUGAAAUAACGAUGAAACUCAAUCGGACCUGUGUGAGCUUGGCAAGGAACAUAUUAUGGAAUUCACAAAUACUCAGCCCCCUUCACACUCUGUCCCGCCUUUUCCCCUUUAAGAACAUGUUUGAUUAAGUGCUUUGUUGUUGCAGCUUUGAUAUUCUUACAAUACUUAACUCUGAGGCUCAUCAAACGAGUACCCUCAGAAUUUUUUUGCCUUUGUCCGUUUUAAACUUUUUUCCUUUUUUCCUCUCAUGAAGGAGCUAUUGAAGGUUUCUGUAAUUUAUUCUGGGGGGUUUUUUGGUGGGAGGGGGGGGGGAGAAUGUCUUCGUCACGGCUUGAAACCACUACAGAAAUGUUCGAAAACUUGCUGUAACAGAGAAUGCGGGUAGAAAAAGCUGUGACCAUGUGCAUAGUGUGCAACGCUGCCAGGAACCAUGGAAAAGUACAGAGAGGAAUCAGACCUCGGCACAUCACCUGUCAGCUUUUUUUGUCAGUCUUCUGUCCUGAUGAAAUAGAGGGCGUUUUCCUUGUGAUCUCAAUUAUUGAAUCUUCAAUGAAGUUCUCAGGAUUUGUCAACUCAGGCACCUCUCUUUAUGAAGCUUGUGGCCAGCCAUGCAUUAUCAAACCAACUUAAUUGAGCAAUAGGGAUUCUCAGUUUGCCGCCUGUGUUUUGAGGUUGAACUUGUUUUUUAAUCGUUUCUAUAUUUUUGCACUCGACUUCGCUAAAGUUUGCACCCCCUUAGCUUUUGUAAUUGCUUGUUAGGUUAUAACUUGUUUGUUUUCUGAUUGAUUGGUAUCUCUCUCUGAAUUUAUCUCUUUAGAACAAGAUAGGUGGAUUUGACUGUUCAAAAUUCUAAUUCUGGUUAGGCACUGUGAAAGAAAUUACUCUGCUGCAUUACGGAAGAGAGCUGUAAGUACAUUUCUGUGUGAGCCACGGUUAGCACAUACUCUUAUGCGUCUUGUGGCUUAUCCCAGAAUGCAUUUACGGCUCUUUUCCUCGGAGGUUGUGAAAAAUGACUGAAAGUUCUUAAAAGAAAGCUUGAUUUUUCAUUCCUGAAGCUGGUACCAAUUUUACUUUAAGUUCAAUGAGUCUUAGCCCCCCUGGAGAAGUAAGUGUGAUCACUCAGUCUAUGAAAUCAUGAAACUCCCAAACUUCCUGCUAGUUUCGACUGAUUCAAAAUUUUCACAUCCUCAUAUUUUACCCCAUUAGUUUCUACUUAGUAAUGUUAACCAAUGAACUUCGUUUUCUGAAUUUUUGAGGGAAUUUUCUCAGCUUCCACAGCGCGUAACAAAACAUUUUGCACCCAUGUUUCAUGCUUCAAAUCUAUUCGGUCCAUAUGAUUUUCCUGUUUAUUUGUGGGAGGUGGGAGGAGGGGGAGGGGUAAAUUUGUAACCUUUCUUUUCUACUUGAAAUUUUACCUGUAAGACAAAUUUUAUUUCAGUUAAAGUAAGGUAAUAAUUAUCGUGCAAUUAGUUUUGACUGACAUUAAAGUUAAGGAUUACGUAGAGUAAUAUUGCCAAUGUUAUGGUAGUUGUAAAAUUCCAGGGACCAUGAGUACAAAGGUGCAAUUUAAUUAGCUGUUUGUGUAUCUGUGUAACCUGGGUAGAUCAGCUGCUGUGGAAUUCUGCUAAAAAUCAUUGACCUCAAUUCGAAUUGCUAUCAUUUAAUGGAACAGUUGCGCACAAAUUUUGUUAAAUAACCGAACUGAAUCGUAUUUUUUAAGUUUCCUAAGUUAGUCCAAAGCUCCCAAUUUUUAUCGCCUCUUCUCAAAUUUAUGAAGAAAAAGAAACAAACACCUAAAACAGAAAACAGCAUAGUUGUCAUUCAAGUGAAUCUUGAUUAGUUUUAUCCGGGCAUUUAUGAGCUAUUCUUACUCGCAAAUCCCUCCCCUCCCCUCCACUUUUUUGUUGCAACCAAGUGUUAAUGAAAUGGUCUCUUUAUUUUGGAAGAUAAAAUUAUUUGUAAAUAAUCUCAAUGUAGUUCUUUUCAACUUGCGAAAAUUUGUAGUUUUACUUCAAGUAUGUUGCGUUAUUUUUUUAAUUUUUAUCAGAAUUGUCUCGAUAAUUUUAAUACAUUUUAUCGCUAUCAUGUUAGUUGAUCAUUCUUUUAAAACAGAUUUUAUCUAUCUAAUUUUAUUUACACUUUGAGUUUUUGUCAGAUUUUUAUUUUCCUCUGGAUUUCUAAUCUCAGAUUCCAAAUGGAAAUUCAGUUCGUUCAUUUUAAGAAUUUUUUCUGUUGCUUCUAUAACAGUGAGUUUUCCUUUUCGUCCAAUCAGUUCAAUGUUCUUCUAAAAGACGGUCAAUCUAGUGUUAGUUAUCCUGAUAAGUAUUCCAAAACUGUUUGAUGAGUUUAGGUCUUCAUCACUUCUGAUCAAGUCUGCUUGCUAUAUAACUGGAGGAUAAGCGUUUAUAUUCUUGCCAUGAAAGAACCCGUUUAUCACCAUUUUUCAGUCACACUUACCCUUCGGUAAAAAUUGUACCAUUUUCUUAAAAAUAUAGUAUGUAACAAAAUGCUGCCAACUUCAACUUACUCCCUGCCGAAAUCGGUCGUAAACCUGCUUCUCCAGAUGUCACAAUGUGUCUUGAACAAUUCUUUAGAGGAACACAAGAAAAACAAGAAAUGAUGAAGGAACUUCGACAGUUGAAUGUGGCAUUGACCAAUCAGAGACCAGGAUUUAAAUUGAACUUAUGAUUAAAGCAUUUGACAGGUGGUCAAACUACCUGUUAAAUAUCUUCCAAUUUUUCCUUAUGUCGAGCUAAAUUUAACCAGGAGUUUGUGGUAACAAGAGGUGAUAAAAGGCUUCUUUCGUGUUUAUCCUCUUGUCAAAUUCUACUGACAGUUUGACCAGAGGUGAUAGAACUGCCCCUUAGGUACUUUCUAUUUUAGCCUUUCUUUCUUGUGUGCCUGUUGGAAGUUAGUAAUGAAAUUCCCCUGUUAAUCCCAUUCUCAAAAUUGCUACACUGAUAGGUUACAUAUCUCUUAGUCCCUAAAUUUAUAGAGAUGUAAAUUAUUCAUUGAUUGCUAAGAGACUACUAGGAAGGCAUAACACCAAAUUGUCAAAGGCUGUUAUUUGAUGUAAAAUUAACGAAUCAUAACGGUAAUGAGCAAUUGUUUGUUUCUUGUCGGUAUUAUCUAAAUUUUGUAUGAAUCAAUCUCUGCCUCCAGCAUGUUUUGUUGUUCAUAAAAUGGGUUCAACCCAUUAUGAAUUCUUUUUUUACGAAUGACAAAGGAAAAUAAAAGGCUUUCACCGCCAUUUUAAGUGAGUGUCCGCACUGAAGGCAUAUGUAGAAAUCUUGGUCUCUGGAAUCCAGAUAGUGCGUUUAAUCUCACAUGCGAAUAUAUAAUUUUGCAGAGAGGUGCUAUCUUUGCUUAAAAUCGUGGAAAACAUCACUGUAUUUUUACAGUGUCAUGCUUUAUCAGAUACGUGGCUUUUCAAAUUUCUCGAUUCGGUUGAUAAAGCUGUCCUUCUUUUAUUUCUCAAAAGUCAAAUUUUUCUUUUUCUCUAGUGUGUUUGAUUUUGAGAGCAGUGUUGGUCAUGACUGAUCAUUUCUCGUCUAGCUCAUUCGAGCUGAGUUCUCGUUGGUUGCAGCUUGCAGCCCCCUGCAAAAUGUGUGAAUAUAGAGUGAUUAAAGAGUCUUGAACCACCUCCAUAAUUCCUAGAUUUCUUGCCCCUUUUCAGGGCGGUCUUGUAAAAUGUUGGGGACUCCUUAAAGAUAUUUCCUUUGAUCUAGGAGCCUUUACAAAAUUCCAAGUUUUUAUCUCAAUUUGUUCAAAAGUUGCAAAGGCGAUGUCUGGUGCUAGAGGCGUGGGAUCUGAAUCACUCAGUAUAACUGUAAAACCAGCCAAUUAGAGAGCUAACAUUUAAAUUUGCAGGCAGCUCAAGCCAUCUCUCACUGACGCAAACAUUAAAACUUAAAAAUGUUUUCUUAUUGUGUCGAAGGUCAUUACUUGUUACAAUGCAAGUUCAAACCCCACUGAUUUUUUGGAAACAUAACUCUUAUAGCGACAUUACAGCGGAAAAAAGAGAUUAAAAAAAGGAGCUCAGCACAAAAGCUAUUUACAUGACCCAACAGAUUUUCAUGAUUUCUUUUUGUUUGAAAUUUCAAUGUGCUUAUUUAAAUUUUGCCCGAAAAAAUUCCUCCACUAAUCCUAUAAUUUUUUAAUUUGUAAAUAAUUAUCAAAAAUUGUGCUGUUUUAUCUGAGUGUUCUAAUCGUCAUUUAUCGGGCGAAUUUCAGUGUGGAAGUCAACUUAAAAAGUAUUAUCAUUCAGCAUGUUUGUAGUUUUCAUGAAUGUGUACUCAUACUUGUUUCUCAUUAAAUUUUUAGCUCUGUCACUGCCUGAAACCUACCUUGAUUGUUCCAAAGUGGGUUUUGCUUUUAUUAUCGCUGACCUAUUGAGUCCUCGUAAAUUCAGUUCAAAAUAAGUCGUAAUUGUGUUUGGCCAAAGCGUCAUAGCUACCAAAGCUGAUUUCCUGACUUGUUUCAAAGUGUUCACUCUAGGUGCAAUUUGAAAUUUCCUAACUUACUUGCUUGCACUCGUCAUCUCUGUGCAUAAUAUUUUUUAAGGUUGGAUUCAAUUUCCAUAGUUUGCAUGAAAUGUUUCAUACUUUUCACAAGUCCUAUCAAUUUUUUAAACUAAAAAACGUCUCCUGAUUACCAGUCGCACGCCUGUGUUCCUCGGUUACUUUCAAAAAAACUAAGACCCCGAAAUCCUCAAUUACAGCGGACCAAAUUUAUUCAACAGUCUACCGCUAUGUUUUUACAUGAACUACCACUGAGAUAUUUGUACUUUUUCACUAAAUAACUGAUUAUAGCUCUAAAAAAAUGUUAUGAAGAAUUCUUAACAGUGUAUGCAUUUAUUACUACCUUAUUUAUUAAUGAUAACAUUUAAUUGUUCGGAUUCCUUGCCAAUCCUCAAAGGCUGGUUGUACUCUGAACUUUAGUAUAUCUUCAGGCUCACAUUUCUUACUUGUAAUUUUUUUAAGUGUACCUCUUUACUUGGAUACAUAGAUGUAUUUGGUAUUUAGAAUGGUGAUUUUCGAAAAAUAAUCAAUUUGUUUGUACCUUGAUCCAUAUGGUAAAACAGUGUAUUUUUCGGCAGUGAUAAAUUGGUUGGUCUGAGUAUCAAAACUCAAAAGUAUGGGAGAGGAGGAGGGGGGGGGGGUUUAUAUUAAAAAUAAUCAGCAUCAUAGAUGCCUCAUAAAUUAGAUUCAUGGAUCUUUAAAUUUUAUUUGAUUUCAAACCUAAGCCCAACCAAUCAAUUCCAAUAUUCAAUUAGUGUGUAGCUAGUUCAUUUUUUCCAUAGAAGGUGAGACUGUAAACUUUUUAUGGUUCGAACAGCUUCCUAAAAAUAUUUGAAUUUCCUUUCAACUUUUACUGUGUACGUUCUCAUACUUAAAUUUUCAUGUAUUCUUAAUCGAUAUAUGAAUACACUCGAAACAUCUGUCAAAGAAUACUUAACUCCCUGACAGAAUGGAUGAACAAAUGAAUAGAUUAUUCUGCGAACUAGCUGAGUUUUCAGUAAUGCAGGUUCAUAACCUAAUCUUCUAUGGUGACGAGAGGUAUCGUCUGCUUCUGCAAUCUAGAAAGAAAGUUUCUCCAUUUAAUCUUUGAAUAUUACCAACUCUCAAAAAUGAAUCCUGAAACGUUUCUGCGCUAAGCACUUCACUUGAUAAAAAUUAGAAAAAGGAAAAAUAACUUGUAAAUUCUUGAUUCUCUCUUUUCUUUUGAAGCCUGGAUGCAGUGGCAAUUCUUGGAAGUUGGAAACACUAUUUUUCCUCCAUUUAAAUGAAUAUAUAUUAUAUGAUUAUGCAAUACUCUGGUGAGGCAUUAAUGCCUCACCAAAGUAUAGAUAUUCAAAAUAUCUAAAGUCGAUAUUCAAAAUGGCUUUGAAUGGGGGAAAACAGUGGUGCCAACUUUCAAGAAUCGCCACUGCCCGAAUGAACCAUAUUCGUAUUCUUUAUCUCUCUCUGUCAACGUAGUUGCCUUGAAAAAUAAUUUUCUUCUUCAUGAGGAUUUUAAUUUUGAUCAAGUUACCGAUUCUGACAUAAUUUUUAUUACUUCUUUGCUUUCAGUCAAGAAUAACAAUUAUUAUAGCAAAAUUUACCCAUGUUGAUAUUGCUAUUUAAUCAGCUUGAAUUUGAACCCAUCCUAAGAAUUUUCAUUCUAAAUACCUUUAAUCAAAAGAGGUGCUCUUCAUUUUGCCAUUGCUAAGAUGAACUCUCUCUUAGGCCAUAGUCUGUGAAGUCAAAUUCGCCAAGAGGAAAGAAAAGGCUUUUUUGUGUGCUUGAAAUCAAGAAGCGAACGACGCAGAAAACUGCAUGUGUUGAAGCACACGCGCAGGCGUCAGCAAGAACUCCUAAAAUUAUCUGUUGUGUUAAAUAUUACAAGAAAAUGAUCAAAUGUAACUUUCAUUGUUGUGUUCCGCUAAAUGAGCUCCACCCCUCCCCUCCAAUAUAAAUAGGUUCUAAAUAUUGAUGCCUCAAUAUUAUUGGGUUACGAAUUAAAUUAGUGGAAAUGAAUUUCUCGGGAAAAGUAACUUCUAUAAGAUUUUCUGUCUCAUCCUUUUUAUGCAACUUUGGAACCUGUAAUGUUUAAUAACUUGAGUGACUUAAUUUUUUAAGCUCUGUAGUAAUACUUCAAUCUCUGUAACUAUAUGUAUUAUAUAUAUGUACUCCUCGGUUUAUCAGAUAUUACUGGAGAUGUGUAAUUUUAUAGAGAGUUAAUUUAAUACCAUUUUGUACAAUUGUGCAGUAUGAGUUAAUUAUGUUCAGCUGUGAUACAUGAUUUUUCAGGUUGUUGACCUGUGUCGUUUAACUAAAAAUUUAUAAAAAAAAAAGAAAAAAAAUGGUAAAAAAGUUAAUUAAAAGAAGAGGUGUUGCUAAGGCUUAAAAACAAUCAGCUACAUCCUUGAAUUCUGUAACUUCAGCGUUUCUUGACUGUAGAAAGUGCAUACUUCACAAAUGUAAUUAGUUUUUGCUGGUCAUUAAAUCCCACCAGUCAGACAUUGCGGUGAUAGGGCCAGUAAUCAUGGGUCAGUAAGCUGAAAAUCGCCAAUUUUCGUUGAUUUUUCUUGUUAAAUGCCGUAUCUGACCAGAGUGCACGUUUCAUAUCAGGUUGCAGCUUUUUGCCUUUUUGCAGUACAAGGAAGGUUGAUAAAUAUCAAUCAAUCUAAUAAUUUUUUGUGCUCUUGCUAAGAAACAACUAUAUUUAGCUUUCAGGCCCUUAUUUUCAAUAAGUGGUCUUGUUGAAGGCAUCCAAUGAUAGGCUAAAACCGAUUAUUUUCUUUUAUUAAGACAUCCUAACGCUAAAAAACUCAGGAGUUACAAAAAUCAACGGUGGUGAGAAUUUUGGGCCUUAACGACACUCCUACUUUGGAUCAUAAAAAAAGAGACAUAGGUUUUAUUAUGUGAGUCUUCGAGUACUAUCCUUUCUGAAAGUGUGUAUCAUGAUGCCAUUAACUGCUUUCAUCUCAUUGGGACCACAUCUUAAGUAAAUGUAGUACCGAAGUUUUGAUACUUCUUCCCCUCAUUCCUUCCAGAGCUGUUUUUAUUUUCAGUUGACCGAAAAUUAGUGCAUUUGAAAAAUUGGAUUCAAUGAAGAUUGAGAUCUUGGAAGCAUCCAAAGUUUUAAGGAGCGGGGCGUAUUUUCCCCAGCAAUUUUCUAUCAAAUAUUUUCUUAACUUGGAUCACAAGUUAACAAGUUAAGUUUCCAAUUGUGAUUAUCAUCAUCAUUGGAAAGUACAACUCAUAUUGCCAGGGACUUUGUGAUAGUUAUAACUUUUAAGUGGCAUAAUACUUCAAGCCCUCCCUGCCUCAGCAUUUUAAAACUUUGACACAAUUUUUUGUACCAUCUGAGAAGGAGUUGACAAAGCCUAAUAGAUUCUGUGGAAUCCAUUGAGAUGGUAUGGUAUGAUCGGUCUCUCAUUCCUCUCCUAAUCUGUUAUGUAACCAUAAGUUUUAAAAUCUUCUUCUAAAGCUCUACAUAUUUUUAUCAUGGUACUCUGUACUCGUUGUGAAUUUUGUGUUGUUUGAGCACUUAUCUCAAGACUUCUUACCCUAAUUGUCAGGGACCUUCCAAGUGUCCAACAAAUGACCUUAAAUUUUUAAAGUCUCGCAAGUUCCUUUAAAUAUAGGUUUUGAAGUCGUAGACUUGACAUAUCUCAAUUAUUCUAGCCAUGAAUCAUAGGAUGUACAGUAUCUUGUGAUAGAGAUCAUGAACAAGCUCUAAUUCAUGAUCGAAAAUCAACCCUUUUGAUGUGCGAUGUUGACCUAUCCAAAUAUGUCCAUCAGUUCAUCUUGUAAAUAUACCCAAUCAUUUUUAAUUGAAUGCUUCUCUUUUUUAAAGAAAAAAAAACAGUAUGUAUCAUCUCUUUGUAUCUUUAAUUUUGUUAUACUAAGAACAAAUUGCAGCAACGCCAAAAAGAAAUGAAAAAAUGCAAUUCUGUGUAAUUUAUGGGAAUAAUAUAUUUUAAUUUUUAAGCUAAGCUACAAUAAAGUCUUCAAACUAUGUAA